CUUUUGAACUUUCUUUCUUUUUCUUUUUAGUUGUUGUUUUUUUUUUUUUUUUUCAUAUAAUUUGCAACAACAACAAGGACAACACAACAACACCUUCAAAUUUCCAUGCUUGUUUUUCUGUACCUUUCAAUUCCCCACUUUUAAUUCUCAGUUUCCUUCCACAUCUAAACCAUAAUAGCCCUUUUCCUUUUCAGACAGUGCACAGCACACACAAAUGGAGAGUAAAAAGGGUUUCGUUGACGUUAAGGUUGUUAACGAGGAGGGUUCGUUGCUAACGUGCGCUUUGGGAACUGUAGCUACUCUGCUUACCUCAGCUUUGCUUACGACUCAUCUAAUCUCUCAAGAUCCUUUUGGGGUGUUACUUAGUACUAGACCCAAAAGUGAGGGCAACUAUGACAGUAAGUGUCAACCGGAAGUAGUUGAUGGUGAGGAAGAUGGUGGUGAAGGCAAUGACAAUGAUGAUGGGGAUGGUGGCUUCGGAGAAGGUGAAGAGGAGCUGUCUUCUGAAGAGGGAGGGGGUUAUGGAAAAAGUCCCAACAACAAUGGGAGCAAUUCUAAGAAGGGGUCUGAAGGACAGGCUGGUGGAGCUGGGGAAGAGAAUGCAGAAGGGGAGGACGAGGGGAAUGACAAUGAACAUAAUGAUGAUGAUGAUGACGAUGAUGAUGACGACGACAACAAUGACGAUAAUGAAGAAGAUGAAGACAAUGAUGAUGAUGAAGCUGGGGGCGAGGAUGAGGAAGAAACUGUGGAGGAAGAGGAGCCAGAGGAUGCUGAAGAGGAUGAAGAAGAGGCCCUUCCACCCCCAAAGAAGAGGAAGAAGUAAGAAGUUCAAGGUUUUAUGUAGUUGCACAACUAUGCCACAUAGCUCUCCAAAGUAAGGGCGAAUCUUCAAUGGGGAAAUGGGGGUAGUUAUUAGGUUAGUUUUUAAAAGACUAAUUUGAAUUGAGGAUAUUGUGGCCUUGUUUGAUCUCAUAUCUUUUUUUUAAGUUAAUUCUCAUGUUUGAUGUCAACUAGAUUAAUCAUAUUUCCAUUUUAUGCCACAA